GGUCCGGGUGGAAGGGCUGCGUAGCUUUGUGCCGAAGGCAGCCUCGUGAAGCUCGUGUUAAAGCUUCGCAGCUGUGAGUCAAUCAAACAUCUCAAUAUACAGAUUCUUUAGGUCAUGAUCUUCAGCAUCUUAACUUUGUCUCCAUUCAAUUGUUCCGUGUAAACUCUAGAAAUCCAACAAUGAAGUCCUUUGCGCCCAGGCGCAUUCCAAUUCGUUCGACUUUCUUUCUUGAAGACUGCGCAUUGAAUGCAAGCAAGACGAGUUAUCCUGCUACAACAUACCGAUUACGACUUUCGGGGGAAAGAAAAGAGAGGCGACAUGCUUCAUCAAAUAAAUCUUCGAGGCCAAAAACUGCGCUGUUCUUUCCUGGCCAAGGAGUCCAAAGAGUCGGAAUGUUAACGCCAUGGCUUGAAGCCUUUCCCUCUACCGCCGGUCCUAUAGUCGAAGAAAUCGACGAUCUUCUAGGCUAUAAGCUCUCGUCCAUAAUAGCAAAUGGACCCAAUAGUACCCUUACAGCUACGGGCAAUGCGCAACCUGCUAUUAUGGCGUCUUCCAUUUUGAUUUUACGAGUUUUAGAACGCGAAUUCGGUUUUAAGACACACGAGAGAGUCGAUUUCACAUUGGGGCAUUCUUUGGGCGAAUUCGCUGCGUUGGUUGUCGGGGGGUAUGUGGAGUUUCAAGAUAGUCUGUAUCUUGUGCGCAAGCGAGCAGAAAUCAUGGCCGAAUGUUCGCGGAGAGCAAGCGCAGAACAUGGAGGUGAAUAUGGGAUGGUAGCUUUGGUUACGGAACCUGAUCACCUCUCUUCUUUAAUCGAAGCUAUACACGAAUUUUUAGGUCAUAAUUCUGCGGGUUCAAAGUCUGAAAGUGCGGAGGUUCCUCCUAUUCAACAGGUGCUGAUUGCGAACAUGAACAGCAAGAAUCAGAUUGUUUUGAGCGGGAACAUUGGGAGGGUAAAGGAAUUAUUGACACAUUUAAGACAAUUUGGAGGGCAUGAUCCUAGGGCUGUUAGGUUAAAGAGUGACAGUCCUUUUCAUAGUCCAUUGAUGAGGCCUGCGGCGAAGUCUAUGAUGAAGUUAUUGGAGGGGAAGAGUAAGGUGAAGGGAAAAGAAGACAAGGACUUAUUGAUGUUCCCUGGAACAAUGGCUUGCAUAAGUAAUGUUAGUGCAAGGCCGUUUCACAGUAAAGAGGAAUUGAAGGAUUUGUGGUCGAGAAGUUGUGUUGAGACUGUCAGAUGGUGGGAUUCAAUCAAGUACUUGGACCAGGAGAAGAAAGUUCGGAGGUGGAUUGGUAUUGGACCAGGGAAAGUUGGGAGAAAUUUGGUGGGCAAAGAAGUUGGGAUGAGGGGAAUGGAUACCUUAAAGGGGGGUGGAGUCUGGGGUAUUAGUGACCCGAAAGAGAUUGAGGAGGCUUUGAAAGCUUUGGAUGAGACGGAAUCCCUUGGUGUAGAGGAAUUGAAGUGAUUAGCUGCUUGCAAUCCAGAUUUCUUUCUUCUCCGGGGGAUUCACUAGGGGAAGAGACUAAACCGUACUUAAUCUGUAGGAGGAAAGAAUUGGAAGGACACAAGAAAGUAAUGGCGUGGAGGUGUUUCUCUGAUUUGAAUGAGUGCAUCUUGGAAUAAAAGGUCUCAUGACGAGGCUACGAGGCUGGUUUGAAUGUAUAAUACCCAGUAAAAGUACUGUUAUGAAUAAUUAAAUAUUGACA